AUGUUCUGUCUGUGUGGUAUAAGAAAUGAAAAAAAUGAAUAGGAACGUGUAUAAAAUUCACAUGGAACUUCCCUUUAAUCAAAUAUGAGAUUAGAGAAGUAUGGAAGUCUAAAUAGUUUGUUUAAUGCUCAGGACUCCAAUAGAGUCAGUCAAGAAUACACAGAUUUUUUAUGUGAGUACGAUAAGAAUUACUAAGAAAAGUCAUAAUUAUUUGAAGUUAAUGUAUAUUCACCUUGUUAAAAAUUUGAGGUAGCAUUUUAAAUCAUUAAACAAAGGAAUCAAAAACUAAUUCAGAAGAAUCUGUGUUAAUGCACUAAGGAGAUGGAUUGUUAGUUAAAUUGAGCAAUGUUAAUUAAUAAUCCAUCGUUAAAUUGAAAGAUACGUUUACAGCGUUUAUUAUGAGGAUUCUCUAUGAUAUAAAAUUUUAUUUUGAAGUACUCAAAUUCCAUGCAUAGUUUAAUAGAUUACUCCUCAACAGGAAGUCAAAUUUGUGAAAUAGCUUGUGCCCAAUAUCAUUACUGAGUUGAUUUAUCGGAGAAUCAAGAAUGACAAACUAUUGAUUGCUCAUGAUCCGACAGGAAGCUUUUUAUUUAAACACCUUUCCUCUAGUCAACAAGUAUAUUUCAUUGAAGAAACCCAAGUCUACAGGCCAAUCAUAAAUAAGGGAAUAGAUAUUUUGAAUUGCCAUAACAAGAUACACUUUGUAGCUAAAUCUGAUAUCACAGUUAAAUAAGACACUGCCAUUGUGAGUAAAAUAAGCUAUGUAUGUUUUUAGAUUUGCUAUUCUUGCACGAUGUUCCAAUAUUCAGUAUAAUUUAAGAGUACCUGACUUUGGCACACGAUCUAAUUCUAAUCCUGUCUCCUAAGUUAGAGUAUCAUGAAAUGAUAUCAUAGUUGAGACAGGGAAUCAAGAACUGUGCAUAAUCACAUAUCUACUGCAGCGUAGAAAUACAAUCUGUCUAUGAGUCCAAUAAGAUAGUGGCUUUUAUUGUGUAUUAUGGGGAGAUUUCAUAAAUCAACCAAAAUUAAUAAUUGCAUUUCCUCUAUCAAUGCAUAUCCAAAGCUAUUCAAAAAACAUUUAAAUACAAAGUGUUCUUGAAAAAUCUAAGGAGUCAAAUUGGAUUGAUGAAAUUAGUAGAUUUAUUUUCACUUUAUGGGCUAUUAUUUGAUAGUUCUGAUGAGAAUUUUAAGAAGUUCUAUAAGCAGGUGAAGAAAUAGUACUUCCCAAAAAUUAAAUCAGAGAAAUUCAUUUAAAUGGAUAGUAGCAAAUCAUCUACAGAAUCUGAAAGCGAAGGAAUUCAAGAAAUAGAAUCUGCAAAUUCAAUUUUUACUGAAAUCAAAGUGUAAAGUAAAAGUGAAUCUAUCCAUAUGUCCAAAUAUGUUUAUGUUCACUUUCAUUCUCAAAACAGUCAGAAAUCAACUCAAUAUGAAGAACUAAUUUAAUUCAGUCAAUGA